AUGUCUUCUACUUUAUUCCUUAUUACUGGAUCCAUGGAUGUGGCUAUAUUUUUGCUUUCUGCUCCAGGAAACACAUUCAUUCUUUUUGUGAAUAUUUUGGAUGUUGUCAAUUCGAAAGCACUUAAUUUAAGUGACCAGCUCAUUUGUAGCAUCUCUGUAGUCACCAUCUGUCAUCAGUUCUUAUAUGUACUUGAGUUUAUAACUUUCUCUCUAACAAAAGAAAUGUUUUCCGAAGAAGCUGCUGUUAUAUGCUUUAUAUUUAUGUUACAGACUAUCACAUCCUGCAACCUCUGGCUUUCUACCUGGCUCUGUGUGCACUUCUGUAUAAAAAUUGUCAACAUUAAGCAAAGAUGUUACAUUUAUCUACAGAAAAUGUUUCCCAAGACAUUUAAAUGGAUUCUGAUGUCUACUAUCCUGGGGUCAUCUCUGAUCAGUUUCUCUUCAGUGUUGGGAAGUCUAAUGCUUACUCAAUCUGAUAUGACUUACAAUGACUAUGGUCUACCAGCAUAUGAGAAACAGUUAUCUUCAACUGUACUGUAUAGUCUGACUUUUUCUGUGUCCAUUGUAGUUUUAUGUACUUCAGCUCUGACAAUCAUCAUCUCUCUCAGUAGACACAUGAAAAGGAUACAAGACAAUUCGGAAGGCUCAAUAACUCCUAGUGUUGAAGCCCAUGUUCAAGCUACUAGAACUAUUCUCUCACUCUUAGUGAUAAACAUACUUUAUUCUAUUGAUGGACUUCGCUGGUUUAUUGUAAAACCAUUCCUUAUUUAUCACUACGUAUCAUUGAUAUGUUCAUCAGUUAGUCAGAUUCUUAAACCUUGGAUUCUUAUCAAAGGAAACAGCAAACUAGAUGGAGCACUUCAGCAAGUCUUACAUAGCUGCACUUCUCCCCGAAUAUCUAAUGAUACAUAA